AAUACCCUCGUUCCAAGAACUUUUUCUUCGAAAUUUAAUCUGUCCACUUCUAACAUCGGUCUUGUGCUUCUUUCUCCUGGUCUUGGAUACUUAUUGGGAAGUAUGACCUCUGGGUGUUAUUCGGAUUUUUUAUUAUCUAAAAUUAGUGCGAAAUAUGGUGAUAUUUAUCCAGAAAUGAGAAUAAACAGUGUUUGGUUUGGUUCCGCGUUAGUUCCAGUUUCUAUUUUAGCCUACGGAUGUUUGAUUGUGAAGAAUGCUCAUAUUGUUUUUCUUAUAUCAUCUAUGUUUUUUUUCGGAUUUGGUGCAUUAAUAGUAUUUAAUUGUAUGUCGACAUACUUAAUCGACGCUUUUCCUGGUCGAAGUGCUUCAGCUAUAGCAGUAAACAAUCUUUUCAGACAUAUGGCUGCUGCAAUAAUGGCUAUUAUUUCGAUACCACUUGAAGACGCGGAAAAAGUGGAGAGAACAUUUUCAGAAUUAAAUGCUUUGUAUUGA